CCCUUCCCCCCCUCCCACUAAAACCCGAGAUAGACAGACUUGCUACAUAAUGAGAUCCCUUACGUGGGCUGCCUGUCUGGCUUUCGCUGGCACCGCCCUUUCCCAUGCUCACCAUGACCAUGACGAAGUGGUGCCUGAGCGAUUGCGCGAGGAGUUGCUGAAGAAAUGGGACCAGGAGUUCACCUUCUCUGGGAUCGCCAGUUUCGCCCACAUGAAGCCGGUUAAGUGUCUCGUCGAACCCGACGAGCGAUACGACAUUGCCGUGAUCGGUGCUCCCUUCGACACAGCUGUCAGCUACAGACCAGGCGCCCGGUUUGGUCCCCGCUCCAUCCGUGCGGCCAGCGCCCGCCAGAUGGCCGGAACCAGCUACAACACCCGCGCGGGGAUCAACCCCUACCAGUCGUGGGCAACUGUCAAGGACUGUGGUGAUAUUCCCAUCACCCCGUUCGACAACGGGCUGGCUGAGCGGCAAAUGUACGAAGCCUUCCUGGAGCUGGGCUCCCGGCCGGCCGUGACCCGCGCCUCCUCCAGUUACGGCACAAAAGGCAUUUCGGCCGGAAAGUCCAAGCUCGUCACUUUGGGAGGCGAUCACAGCGUUGCGCUCCCUGCCCUGCGCGCCCUGUACCAAAUCUACCAGAAGCCCAUCACGGUGCUUCACUUUGAUGCGCACCUAGAUACCUGGAAUCCCGUGCGGUACUCGGCCUACUGGCUGUCGGAGCAGUCGCACUUCAACCACGGCAGCUUCUUCCACAAGGCCAGCCGUGAGGGACUAAUCUGCAACGCAACUUCGGCACAUGCGGGGCUGCGCACACGGCUGACGGGUGUGGACGACAGUGAUUACACUAACCCCGGUCCCGAGCAGGGAUUCAUGCGUAUUCACGCAGAUGAUAUCGAUGAGCUGGGCCCCAUGGGCAUCGUGGAUCGGAUCAUCGAACGCAUCGGCCUGGACCCCGAACAGCCAGUCUACUUGUCGGUUGACAUCGAUGUUCUAGACCCGGCGACUGCCCCGGGCACCGGCACUCCCGAACCUGGUGGCUGGACGACCCGCGAGUUCAUCCGCAUCCUGCGCGGCAUUGAGAAACUGAACAUCGUUGGUGCCGAUAUUGUCGAGGUCUCUCCCAGUUAUGACAACAAGGGCGAGACCACAGCUCUGGCCGCGGCUCAGGUUGCUUUCGAAAUCAUCACUAGCAUGGUCAAAGCUGGGGCAGGGGAGGAUCUGGGUGGCUGGUAUGGGCGCAAAGCAACACCAGAGGCUGAGAUCAAGGUCGAAAUCGAGGCCGAGGACGUUGUGGUUGAGAAGGAAGUCAAGGACGAACUGUGAAAUGCGAUUCCAUGCGAUGAUGACGAUAUAUGUAUUAUGAGUUAGAGAAGUGGUUGCCUCGUCCAAUGCAGGUAAAUUCCGUACAUUCCAGCGAUAAAAGGCCGUUGUCCAUGGUUGGGCCCAUACCCUACCAGUUCUCCUCUACAUGCAACGCG